CAUUUUGACAGAUAGUACAAAGGCAAUUUUGAGAUUUGUUUGUGUGUAAUAAAUAUUGUAAAUUAUGGAGAAUAUACAAGUAAUUACCCAAGAUUUUGUGAACGUGCAUAUCACGAAAUCUGACGCCGAAACCGGAGUCCCAGUCGAGAGGCGUUUCAAAAAAGGAAUAACAGUCUCAGAGUUUAAGACGAAGCUAGAACUCCUUACCGGAGGCAAUCCUACCACAAUGAAACUGAAGUUGUUUGACAGUAAAAACAAUUAUGUGUGCGACAUAGACAACGACAAUGCGCUGCUUGGGUCCUACCCGGUAGAUGAUGGAAUGAGGAUACAUGUGGAGGACAAAUUUGUUUUGCUCAGUGAUGUUAGUUCAUCGGAUAGUGCUGAAAGAUUUCGUUUGUCAGAAGAGGAGUAUGAGAAGAAAGGAGACACGGUGCGCUCGUUCCUGCAGCGGAACAGGCUCGGCAAGUACAAUGAGGAGGAGAUGGCUAAAAUGAAGGAGCAGCAGCAGCAGGAACUGGAGGAGGAAGCCAGGCUGGCAGCAGCGGUACUUGUAGGCGCGCGUUGCGAAGUGCGCGUGCCAUCGCAGGGCGUACGGCGGGCGACAGUACGGUACAACGGGCCGCUAGAGGGCGCUAAAGGAUUCUGGAUCGGCGUGCAGUAUGACGAGCCGAGAGGCAAGAAUGACGGCGAGGUGAAUGGCAAGCGGUACUUCACUUGCCCUCCUAAAUACGGCGGUUUCGUCAAACCAGCAUACGUCACAGUCGGCGACUUUCCCGAAGAGGCGUUUGAUCUUGACGAUGAGAUAUGAAUAUAUGAUCGCGAUCACUCAAAACGCUCAUUCAUUUUAUAAAUUAUACGUCAACCUCUGCAUUCGUCAAAAUUAUCU